GGCCUGCCUAGUUGCCGCUUCUAGUGUCUAGACUCUAGAGAGCUGCUGCAGCACGCACAGCUGACCAAAUGGCAAUGCGACAAUUCCAUGGUGCCCGGCCCAAGCAAUUGGUCUGAAUGGUGGCGCUAACUUUGGUAUGCUUUUGAGUUGCUGAGCUGAUUCUCUUGUAGAAGAUCUUUCUCAAUCAAGAAGAGGUAGAAACAAGUGCAAGAUCUCAUGCAUUGACAGUGAGCAUUAUAAGUCCUAUCAGGUAGCAACGGAGCUUCAUUUUCCAAGUUUCUGUGCCAAUUGCAGCUGAAGUGGAUCGAACAGGGCGCUUAGUAUAGAAAGAAAAGCUGGGGACUGUCCUGAUAGCAUGGAAAACAAAUCUGCGUCAGGUAGCGUGGACACCAACGCGGUGCCAGAAGAUGUGACAAGGGAAAGCAAGGCGAAGAAGAUCAUAAUUGACACGGACCCAGGCAUUGAUGAUGCCAUGGCGAUUCUGAUGGCGUUCAACUCCCCCGAGCUCGAGGUGCUCGGUCUGACAACCGUGUUUGGCAAUGUGACGACGGCCCUCGCAACCACAAAUGCACUGCACUUGUGCGAGGUUGCGGGGCAGCACGCGAUCCCUGUCGCACAGGGGGAGCCCCGUCCGCUUUCGGGCGAGGAGCCGUUGCCUGCGGACUUUGUGCACGGAACCGACGGCCUUGGAAACACGAAUCCAGCGGCGCCAUCUGGGAGGGCGCACGAGUCGGCUGCCGUUGACUUUCUAAUAGCGGCUGUCAACAAAUUGCCUGGCGAAAUAACGGUCGUUGCAUUAGGCCCCUGUACAAACAUUGCCAAGGCAAUCCAAUUAGACCCUAGCUUCGCCAAAAAGGUCGCCCAAAUUGUGUUCCUGGGGGGCUGCUUCUUCCGGAGCGGGAACGUGAAUCCAGCCUGCGAAGCCAACGUUUUCUGCGACCCAAAGGCCGCAGAUGUCGUCUUUACGUCCGGCGCUGACGUUCUAGUAGUGGGGCUCAACGUCACGGAGCGGGUGGUGCUGACAACAUCGGACCUCGAACGGAUUGGCAACUCGGGCACCAAGUUCGGGCGGUACAUAGCGGAGGUCGUCAAGUUUUAUGCGGAGUGGCAUCUAAAGUCAGACCAUCUACAAGGUAUAUUCGUCCACGACCCUUCCGCAAUGACUGCGGCGAUCGACCCGUCGCUGUUCUCGUGGAAGGAGGGCGUUGUGCGGGUUGCGGAGACGGGGCUCUGCAGAGGGCACACGUUGCUAGACAUGGGGACCAAAAAGUGGGGCGAGAAUGGGAACCCGUGGGUGGAUCAGCCGAAGGUCAAGGUUGCGUUGGAUGUUCGAGCGGAAGAAGUGAAACGGUUGAUCAUGAACCGACUAAUGUCGGAAACAACUUAGUGCCCCUGCCUGCUGCCGUAAUGUUUGAACCUCUAGUUGAAGUAUGUUCGGCGCCCUGAGUUUUACAUUCUCCAAUAUCUUGAGAGUCAUUUUGAAGGUAUGCUUUAUGGUGAGAUUGGUUAGGUAGUCACUAUAGUAGUCACUUAUGUUCCUCCGCAAGACAUGCUGAGCCAAACACGCCUUUAAUGUGGUAUCUAGGUUCAAGGUAAGUUGGGGGCUCCCCCUUGGUAAUGUAGGUGUGGCCAAACGAGGAUAUGGGGCCUCACAGUGAAACCCGUGUUACGGAUUAAUGAUUGCUGAAUAAUAUCUUUCUAUACUACAGGCGGCUGUUACAUUGAUUUGUUUGAUCCUCGAUCUGACUUCAAGCGGCCUAUGCACACAAAAC